AUGCUGGUAGCGUGGAUGGCUGACAAUAAUACAGAAAAAUGGUCUGAAGGACUCCGAUUUAUUCAAAGUAAGAAGAAUCGAGCUCUCCAUUCGGUAAUUAAGACAAGUCCUUAUGAGGCUAUGUUUGGAUCAGCGCAAAAGAUCGGACUUACGGAUUCCUCUCUUUCCAGUGACAUGUAUUCUUCUAUAGAAACUGAAGAAGAAUUGGAACAACUUCUUUCUUCGAUAGAGAACAAUGAUCAAGAUAAGACUGACGAAGAAGAAGUUAACGAACAAUCUAGAGCUUACAAGUGUUCAGGAUGUCAUCAAUAUAUUUACGUUAUUUGCGGAGAAAGUGAUGAGAAUAAUGAGGGUUUCAGACAGAACGUUACUUGCAAGCUCUGUAUAAGGAAGAACAGUAUCAGCGUUGAGAGAGAAUGUGCUAAAUCUGGUCAAAAACAACAAGCACAAAAAAUGAUUUCAUUUUCUAAUUCAAAAUUUCCUAAAGUUGAUAUUCGAACUAGUGUAGCGGUCAGAGUGCCUGACGUUGAUAAAGGACGCGCUGCUCCCAGAAAUGUCUUAGCUGUUGUUGCCGGAAAUAAUUCAUCAGGGCUUUAUCAAUUAGGUACCAAAGAAGGGCUCCUUGAGCGAUUUUAUGCUCGCAAUGAAUUUAUAGUUGCUGAGAGCAACUUUAUUGAACUGCAAGACGUACUUCACUAA